CCUCGCGACGAGAGCCUGCUCCAAGUUCCACCGGCCGCACGGUACCGCAUAGUCGCGCGACUCCUCUUUCUCACCUUUCUCUCCUCGCUGUUUUUCGACCGCUCCUCUCUCGCACCCGAAAGCCGUCGCGAGAUCGCGCGUCGCGCGCGCGCGCCUACUCCGUCUCCGCUCUUAUUUAUUUAUUUCCGCCUCUCCGCGGUAUACGCGGUGACGCGUGUGUUACCACGAUUUGGAGAUUUAAAGGGCCCGAGGAUCCAGGAUACCGUUAAAGGGACGCUCGCGGAGCUUGACUGCACUAGAGGCUGACGAUCGUGGCUGACGAUCCACCAAACAUGUUACGUCUCGUGGUCCUCCUGUUUCUAUGUAUCGCAGCUACUUACACGCCUGGCCAGUGCGAGGCGAAGGCUUCGCGAGAUGUCGAGCACGCGAGACUGCCAGAGUUCCUCUCGGAAUUGGACCUGUCGAGUCUCGAGGCAUCCGAGGAAGACGUCGAAGCGCUGAAGAAAAUCGUGAAAAGGCUGGCGCCGGAGAAGAACGGCGAGUACCAAGUUUACCAAGUCUUCUUCGGUAACGAGGAUCUUCUCAAGGAGUGGCUCAAAGGAGCGGGCGUGACGGGACAGCCCGGGGUGGAUUACCCAGCCCUCACCUCGAUUCCAGCCACUUCAUUCAGCUGUCGCGGUCUGAGAGGUGGAUAUUACGCGGAUUUAGAGACAAAUUGCCAAGUAUUUCACAUCUGCGACAAUGGACGCAAGAUCUCGUUCCUGUGUCCCAAUGGCACCAUCUUCCAGCAGUCGCAGCUUAUAUGUGACUGGUGGUUUAAGGUGGACUGCAGCAAGUCCACGGAGCUGUAUGAGCAAAGCGCCGAGCAAUUGGCCGAGGAGGAGAGGAAGCGCGCGGACGCGAGGAAGAUGAAGUCCGAGUUCCAUCGCACGGUGGAGCAGAACGACGCCAAUUACUACGAGACACAGAGUCCCGACUACGACGGCAGGCAAAACGGUAGGACGAAUCCGUUCGGUCAGUCGGCCAAGCAGAAUCAGAUCCCGGAGCGGCAGGAAGAACCAAAGUCCGUGCAGCAUUUCGGGCCGAACAACGUCUUCGAUAACCCACGAGACUCCGGCCGUUACUUCCAGGAGGGUAACGCGAGGACGACGCAACCAUCCGAGACCUUCAAUCAGCCGACGACGAAGCAACGACAAUAUCACGAGGGCGGCUCGAAUUAUCAGGCCGCCAACAGGCAGAGGAAUCAGCUGGUGGACACGCAGAGCGGUAAGUUCAACUACGAGCACGGCAACAAGUUCCAAGACACCCGGCAGAAUUACCAGAAUACCUUCGGCAACGCGCAAGACCACUACCGUGCCACCCAGAGCGCAGCGCGCAGCGAUAAACCGGACAUCCGUAACUCAAAAUCACGGACCCUGACGCGAAACAAUCUGCUCGGCUCCAAUCAGCCGCAAAAGGCGACUCCGACCUACAUGGAAACGACAACCUUCCGAACCACGACCGCGUCGCCGCCGAGGGAGUUCCAGCAAUUCGCGGAGAGCGCCGCGUUUGUGUCCAAUCGGGGAAAUCGCUUCAACAGCAAAUCCGAGAACAAUCGACAAUUUUACUACCAUUCCUACGAGCACCGGGCUUCCACGAUCGACGACCGAGAGACGACCACCGUGACGCCGGAGAGGAACGACCAGAGUAUCCACAACAGGGUGUCCUUUACGCCGAAAAUCGGCGCGCCGCAGUUCCCCGGGCCCACGUUCGCCCCCAUUUACAAGCCCAGGACGACGACGAUACCACCUUACGAGACCACGCUGCAGUACACGCCGACCAGCGAAACGCCCUUCUACAGUACUUCCUUCUACAGGCAGGAAGACAUCCCGGAAACGACUUAUACUCCCGCCGACCUGACGACCAUGACGGCGUCCACCAUCGAAGACUACCAGGCCACAGAAUCCUUCUCUACGACCUACAACGAUCAACAGACACCAGCCUCCAUAGGGCGAGUUCCACCAGCUUCGAAUUAUCCGCAUCAGUACAUAGACAGUAAAGUGACCGAAAGGGACAUCGAUCGCGACACUGCAUCCUUCGCGACCACACGGCCGUAUCUGAACACUGAGAGCUCUCGAUUCGACACGGUGAACACCACAUCGACCGUCAGUCAGAACGCGUAUCCGUCGUCGACGCCUUACUUCGAUGACAUUCGUGGUCAAACGGCUCGAGGCGGCGCAGCGACCCAUGCGGAUUACCGGGGCGAGAAUAGUAUCGCCGACAUCGAGCCCAAAGGCACCACGAGGGAUCCGUCGCUCGCCUCUUCGCCGAACUUCCGGCAAAACUCGAUCAGCUCGACCGAAAAGCCGUGGCGGAGCACCAACGUCUAUCAGCAGAGCGGCUCCACCAGCAAGACUCUGAGUCCAUACGACACCAGUUUCACUUACAAACAGGGGAAGGUCUUGUCCACUCUAGGUCCUUACGUACCUUUCACCAAGAACUACGUCUAUUCCACGAUGACCACCACUUCGAGGCCGCCAAUCACCGCAUCGACUUACAGCCCGACCAUCGCGGAUUAUCGCAUCACGACGAGCAACCUGAUACCCAAGGUAAAGUCGUCGCCUGUGACGAGUAGGCCCAAGGAUAGGGCGACAUAUCUACCUGAGACGACUAAUAGCAAGCAAUCCACAAGCAAUUUGGAGAACAGGCCUUACACUGAACGUGAACACGCGCUCAGCAUGUUGCACUCCCUUCAGGGUCUGGAGGAUAACGCGGAUAAUCUGAACGAGGCCGAGAAGAAGGGAGCAUCCGGUAGGAACAUCCCUUUCGCUCCUGGAUCGUCCACUUUGCACUCAUUGGCCUUGUAUUUCGCCACGGCCAGCGACAAUUUCGACUCUAACGAAACCGCCGAAUCAUCCGUGAGUAUCGAGCACCAAGAAGAGGUCGUCUUUCCAGAAGAAGAGAGUCUUUCCAGUGCGCACAGCUCAUCCGUGGAAUUGCCUACCAGCAUUCUCACACAGCACACCAUUUCCUCGUACGCCGAGCUGUUCAACUUGAACAACGCGCUUGAAGGAAACGCCACAGUGACCGAGCUCACAGCAGAGGCUGAAGACGUUGGCGAGAUCGACAACGAGGACCUCGAGAUCGAGCAGAGCGAGGGACCCUUGAACGGCGCCAGGAAGACCAACAGUACCAAGCUCCGUGAGCUGGCUCAGGUGUUUACUCACGCUCUAUCGGCGUACCUACAGGACCCAGAUACCUUUAAGAAGGUAUUAACGGAGAUCAGACCCACAGAACCACCGGUGACCACGAUAGAUGGCGGCCAGUUCGAAACCACGACGCUGUACCCGACCACUGCGGAGGAGUAUUCGUCGGUGACGAAGGAGAAGGACGAAGUCUUGGACUUUUCGGACGACACCGACUCUGCUAGGAGACGCAAACCCACCACAGUGUUUCCCACCACGUUGCAGCCGCCCACCACGACUGACAGGUCAUACUCGACCUACUACACGACAUCUUACGACGACUAUUAUUCAACUCCGUUGGCCACGCGGAGACCAGUUUAUUAUCCGAGCACGACUCUAUUGCCGCCCGGCGACUCCGGGGAAUAUGUGGAGACAUCCACGCAGGUCAUGGGCGGCAAUACAUUCGCCUAUGAGGUGAACCAUGCUUUCGGCACCACUGCUGUUAAUGACAUUCGCGGUUACGACGCUGACACGAGGGACUCGACUGACUUAUCGCCGGUCUACAACAAUUACUUCCCGUCGGAUAAAGACGCCAGUCGCAACAAGAUUGCUGGAUUCCACAAUAACAGCGGGAGGACCUUCCAACCCUACGGCAAGAACGUCAAGCCAUCCAACGCUACGCCUAUAAACAACUAUGUGGCGUCAUCGACGGUGCCGUCCUUCCAAUAUCCCGUAGGGACGACUACGUCCACUUGGGGCAGAGGCUCCGCCAGCGACAAGCCCGUGCAGAAUCUCACGCCACCUCAUUAUCAACGCUUCGGCAAUGUGAAGAGCUUCGAGGUCUCCAACAGCAUCGUGCCGACUCAGGCGCGCUCGACGACGCCUUUACCAAGGAUCAAGUCUACCUAUGAACCAGCAGCAGCCAGCAGCACUGUUCAUCCCUUCAGGAUACGUUAUUAUGACUCGACGACGUUGCCUGAGGAGCAAAAUCCAGAGUCUCUCGUCACAGCUCGCAGUUCAUACGUAAAGUUCAGGAAUAGCUACAAUCGCAUAGAAGGCACUCGCAAGUCUACGGAGAACGUAGCGACCACGGUGGCGACGCUGACAACGCCGACGACGACACUGUCACCCACUCAAGCCUCCGUCGGGACGUUAGAUCCUGUCACAGCGACUGUCAGCAAUGCUGACGUCACGCCAUAUACCGCUACCGUGAUUCGCGCCACGUCCAGCGAGCUGACCAACACGUCGUCCAGCAAACAGUCCAGCUCGCUGAGCGACGAUCACUGGACCUCCUCGCCCAUGGUCACUCAGCUCUGGGAGACGACGGUGUUUGUGGAUCCGCGCCACAUCAAUCAUGGUCUGGAAUCCACUAACGACGUCACUCAAUCGCCCACGACAGACAACAGCGUCAACGAGGAAGCGGAGCUCGUCGUAGCGGCGUCCACUGUAAGGCCAUCGACAUUCUCCACCGAAAAUGAGGACGAAACGACGGUGUCACGGACGACAACAACUUCCAGCACACCGAGUCCUUGGCAAUGGGCGCCCAACGACAAUGACUCGCCCGUGGCGUUCACUCUAUUGCCAACGACGUUCGCCGCGGAGAACACUGCGACUCCAACUCCGAUCAUUACGACGCGGUCUAGUAUAACGACCACGAUCACGUCCUCAGUGACAUCGACCAAUUCAGUUUCCCGGGAGAACUUGCCAUCUACUUUGCUCCCUUUCACGGUGACCAGCUCGUGGAACACCACCGAAAAUGAGGUGAUUAAGGCGCAGGAGAUGUUCGGCAAUUUGAACGAGACGAGUUCCAACACGCUGAUGCGAGUGAUGAAGCAGGCUGACAAUAACGAGACGGUGAGACAAUUGGUGCUGUUGCUGAUAAGCCAUUGCAACGGACCCCAGAACAAGACGAUGGAGGAGGAGAAGGAGCAAUUGCUGGACGCUCUGCUGAGAAUGCCCGUUAAUGAGUUCAGUUCCGAGGAAUCGCGGGAGAUCGUCGCCGGUAUCAGCAGACUUAGCCUACCUAUCGGUAAAGCACGUGCCGCUGCUGCUUCGCCGAGUAGCACGACGACGAAAGCACCCCGAGCGACGUCCGUGAAACCCACGUCGUCCGAGCCAUCGAUCACCACGUUUCGCAGCAGCAGGGCGGGACGGAGGUUCCGCACCACCACCGAGAGUACCGACGCGUUCGCUAGGAGAUUGGACGAGGACAUCCCGGCGGACACGAACAAUUCUUUGUUCGACGAGGCCGUCGCGUCCGACAAUCGGGCUCUCGAGCUGCUCAGGUCGCUCUACACGAUAGCCGCUAAAUGGGGCUGAGGCCGCACAAUCGAGGACCGAUCGGAACUACGCGUACGUCGGAAGACUCGCGAGAUGAAGAUCUCGCUGGAGUGCUAGAAGACGUUCACCUGUCGAUACGUCGGAGUAGAUCGUUGCUGUCGCCCGUAGCGCGCGCGUCGCGCUUCGCUUAGCUAAACUCUUUCAACUUCAACUCGCGGCUCCGGGGAUCAGCCGGAUGCCGGAUGUUAAAUCGGUCUCGGCCCAUAAAUCGACCGAUCAAUUGACGUGAGAUUUAUUGAACAGACAGACAAACAGGAAUGCAGUCCGAUGCACGGAAUAGGCAAUGGUAUCGUUUAAGGUGUCGGCGACGUCACACCGUCUGACAUCAGCGAAAAUCUUGUCUUCUUUCUUGUCAGGCUAAAUUCUUGUAAACGCGCGCGUCUCCACACACGUGUAACAGCCGGAGAUAGAGUGAGUUAGGUGCGAGCUGAAGAUUCGGCGGCACCUGCGUCUCUGCGAAUCGACAGCGCGCCGUGCGCCGAAGUGAAGUUCGAUUUAGCUUAGGGCCGAGAUUGACUUAAACGAUUUUUCACCUGCGCUCGCGGAUAUCAAGUAGGUCGAGCUUACGACGACCGAUUUUCGGCGUGCAAUUUCAGCCGGUUGCUUGGUAGCCGCGAUCGAGGCUGUCGGUUAAUAUGCGGAGUCCCGGUCGAUCGUCGAUUGAUAAAAUCGCAAGUAACGAUUAACCGGUUAAUAGUCCGACGUUAAGAUUAUUAAUGUAUUGCUCUCUCUCUCGCCGUCCUUUUUAUUAAGAAAUAAAACAUCGAUCGCCUCCAAAUAUCGGCAAAUAUUACUUGCAAAAAAAUGCUUGCCAUACUUCGUCCCUCUCGUUCAACUACUUUGUGUGAAUGACGCGCUGUAUGAAUAUCCUGAAUUAGCUCUCUCAUUGCUAAAUGGCUCUACAUGUUAAGUGAAAUUCAGAGGUUUUCUUUGCUUUUAGCGUGCAGCAAUAUAAAAUGGCCGAAUUUUGCCUAAUUCUUUCCUUACGUAGUCCCUAAUAAUUUUUUAAUCAAUCGAACAAGAAAGUAUCGCGAUAUUUUUAUUUCGAAAAAAUUGAUUUUAUAAAAAUUAAUAAUUUUUGACACAGAAAUUCGUGUUAUUUUAUUUAUUUUU